CCAGCGGAGCGAAGCGGUUAAGGUCGGAGCCUCCCCAAAAGGCGUGAGGAAAACCUUCCCGGGAAGCCUGAGGGACCUCCCCCAACACGGCUGUGCCAGGACAGUGGUCAAAGGGCGUGAGCCCCAGCGGGGCCAAAGUGCAGCAUUUCUGAUCCACUGAAGACGGCGCCCCGCGCUUUUCCAGUUUUCUGCCUUAGGGUGAUAAUGCGGGAGUGCUGGUUAGUGAGGCAGGAUGACCCGAACCAACGAAUCAGGCUUCCACACUUAGAAACGGUGGUGUUGGGACGAAGCCCGGAGACCCAGAUUACUGACAAGAAGUGUUCUCGGCAACAAGUAUAUCUGAAAGCAGAAUGCGAGAAGGGGUAUGUUAAAGUAAAGCAGAUGGGAGUCAAUCCAUCCAGUGUCGACUCGGCAGUCAUCGGGAGGAACCGAGAGCUGAAGAUGAAACCCGGACAGACCCUGCGCAUGGUGAACGGCCUCUAUCCUUACAGUGUCCAGUUUGGGGACGAGACCGGGAGCCCUGACGACCAAGCGCCAAAGAAGAAAACAGCAAAAAGACCAAGCGAUAGUGGCGCGGAGAAAAGCAGCGGGGAAAGCAAAGCUGCCAAAAUGAUGAAAAGGGAGGAGACCGCCUUGCCGGAGGACUGGGCGAGUCAUCAGCCAAGUCCCACUAGUACCUCAGCUGCCUUAACUCUGGCAAGUGGGCAUUCUUCCUCCAGACAGGAAUCUUUCGGCCAUUGGAGCCAAGGUUUGAAGACUUCUAUGCAGGAUCCCAAAAUGCAGGUCUACAAAGAUGAGAAGGUGGUCGUCAUUAAGGACAAAUAUCCCAAGGCCCGCAACCACUGGCUGGUUUUACCAUGGGAGUCCAUUGCCAGUUUGAGGGCUGUUACCAGAGAGCAUCUUGAGCUGCUCAAGCAUAUGCAGGCUGUAGGGAAGAAGCUGACACAGGACUGUAUCGACUCAGACCGUUUGCAAUUCAGAAUGGGUUACCAUGCUAUUCCCAGCAUGAGCCACAUUCAUCUCCAUGUCAUCAGUCAGGAUUUUGAUUCUCCUUGGUUGAAGAAUAAAAAACACUGGAACUCUUUCAAUACCAAAUAUUUCUUAGAAUCACAAGAUGUGAUAGAGAUGGUGAGGCGUGACGGAAAAGUGACCGUGCAAGACGGGACAUCCGAAUUUCUGAAACUGCCUCUCCGCUGUCAUGUGUGCAAACAGCAGCAGUCUACUAUUCCUGAGUUAAAAGAGCAUCUCAAGAAGCACUGGGCAAAGUGAUCCCGACAGAACAGUCCGAGUUGUCUAGGUGGUUGUAUUUGAGCAGGCAUUUGUCCGAUGAAUUAAAAAAAGUGCAUCGUUUUAAAAGAA